CAUAUUUAUUUUCGAUCAAAAGACACCUGUCCUGUGAGUACCUUUUCUUUUUGAUUAUUAUUUAGUAGCGUCUAAUAAUAAUAAGAACGAUAUAUAAUGUUGUCAACAUUGUUAAUGUAACUUAAGACGUGGAUAUAAUAUUGACAAAAAAAUUAAUUAAUAAUCAGAAACUUAAAGAAUAAUCUAAAAGAUUAUUCGAAUUAUAAGAACAUCAUAGCAUCAGGGGUGUGUCACAAUGAAGACUCUUCAUACUUUUUUCGUAUUAGCCCUUUUAUAUACAGUUAAUAGUCAACGUACACCAACAAUAUCAUAUAUUUCACAAGAACAAAUUAAAGAUAUUGGCGAUUCCGUUGAAUUUCGUUGUUCAGUUCAAUAUGCCCCUGAAUUUCCAGUUGUAUGGACAAAAAUUAAUAAAAAUAUAGCUAAUGAUCAAUUACCUCUUUCACAUGGUAGUUCUUUAAUUAUAAGAGAUACUAGAUUUGCUCUUAGAUAUGAUGAUGCUCUAUCUACCUUUAUAUUACAAAUAAAAGAUAUACAAGAGACUGAUGCUGGAUUUUAUCAAUGCAAAAUUUUAAUAUCUUUGAAUAAUUAUGUAUCUGCAAAUGUGGAAUUGCAAGUUCGUAGACCACCUAUUAUAAGUGAUAAUUCAACUAGAUCUCUAGUUGUUACUGAGGGACAACCAGUGCAACUUGACUGUUAUGCUGGUGGUUUUCCCACACCUAGAAUUUCAUGGCGAAGAGAAAAUAAUGCAAUUUUACCAACUGGAGGAUCAAUUUACCGUGGCAAUACAUUGAAAAUUUCUACAAUUCGUAAAGAAGAUCGUGGAACAUAUUAUUGUGUAGCUGAAAAUGGAGUAGGACGUGGAGCUAGACGAAAUAUUAAUGUAGAAGUUGAAUUUGCACCUGUGAUCACUGCACCUAGACCAAGACUUGGUCAAGCUCUACAAUAUGACAUGGAUUUAGAAUGUCAUGUAGAAGCUUAUCCUCCACCAGCUAUUGUUUGGUUGAAGGAUGAUAUUCAACUAUCAAAUAAUCAACAUUAUAGCAUAUCACAUUUUGCAACUGCAGAUCAAUAUACAGAUACAACGAUUAGAGUGAUCACAAUUGAAAAGAGACAGUAUGGAGAAUAUGUAUGCAGAGCUGCUAAUAAAUUAGGAACUGCAGAAACGAAAGUUGAAUUAUUUGAAACUACUGUCCCUGUGUGUCCACCAGCAUGUGGCCAAGCUCUUUAUUAUGGGACUGGAGUAACACAAGUUUCUUCAGGAUCUUUGGUAGUGUUAGUUUUAUUUAUUACAAUUAUUCUAAGAAAUUUCCACGCCAAAUAUUAAUUAUCCUGGACUUCAAUGGGCAGCAGCAAAUCAAUGCAACUUAUCAAAAUGGUUGCUGAUAGUACUAUGGUUCACUAUUCUUAAUACACAUUAGAAAUAUUAUAAUAUCUUUAGGAGCCUAAUUUGUUUUUAACUUUUAUUAGAUGAUUAUUUUUGUAGUUAUUUACAAAUGAAAUUGAAUCAUUAUUAGCGAAUAUAAUACAAGUUUUAGGGGCCAACAAUAUAAUAAAUGUUGGCAAGGUACAAACUAACAUUCCAGAAAAAUAUAUAGUGAUACAUAGUAAAAAAAAAAAGUAAUGAUAUUAUUAAUAGUUUAAAAUUUAUAGAUAUAUUAGUCCUUUUUCAUAUGUCAGUACAACUGAUAAACACAAAGAAGUGAUUGAUAAUAAUGUUAUAAAUAUAUCAGCCUUUAACAUAGUUUAUAGUAGGAAUUCAAAAAUACGUUCAAUUUAACACAUUCGAGAUUAAUAUAUUUUGAUAAAACUUCUAAUGAAUAAUUUUUUUCUAUUUAUAAUAAGGAAAAAAAAAAUUAAAUAUUAUGAUAUUAAGAUAAAACAUAUUUCAAAGUAAGAUAAAUAAAUAAGAUUUAUAUUUCUUGAAUUUAGUAGAAAGAGUUAUAUAUAAAACUCUACUAUUUUCACAAUCAUUGCAAAUUUUUAUAUAAUUCUUUAUAUGUCUAUCUCUCGAUCUAAGUCAUAUACACUUUUUUUUUCAUUUUUGUUUUUUUUAAUUACAUUUAAUACAUAUUUAUCUGUUUAUUUAUAUUUUAUUUUAUUUUGUAAUUGAUUUUUCCAAUUCAAUAACUUUAAGUGAUAAUUAGAAAAAUUUUUAACUAAAUGGUAUAGAUCUCCUUGAUCUUGGAUGUGUUAAAUAUUUGUUAAUGUCCUGUUUAGAGGAAUUCGAAAUAACAAUAUUCUAUAGUUGCCUUGUUAUAUAAUGUUUGGCAAAAAGAAAGAAAAAUUAAUAUACAUGUUACUGUAUCUUGAUCGUGAUAAAGCAUGUAAAAUUUGUUCUAGAAUUAGAUCAAAGAUUGUAUAUUGUAGAUGAAAUUAUUUAUAACAAUUAUGAUCAUGAAUAUUUUUUAUUAUAUUAACAAAUGCAUAAAAAGACCGCAUACUCAUAACAGGGAUCGUUUUUGGAACUUAAACUUAAAAAAAUAUUUGUAAUGACCUGUAGGCUGGAAAGACUUAUAUCGAUAUCGCGGCAAAUUACUUUAUACGUCCGGGACGUAAUAUGAAAGGUAAUGAGAAAUAACAAGAAAUGUUAUAAAAUAACUUCAUUAAAAAAAUUAAUUUUUAAUAUUUUCUUUCAUUAAUAAAGAAACAAUAUUGAAUAAAUUUAAUUAUACAAAUAUUUGAAUAUAAUAGGAAGUUUUUUUAUUUCUAAUUAUGCGUUAAGAAAAUAAGUAAUUUUGUAAUUCUAAUUGCACUAUGUAUACCAUAAUAUUAAUACAAAUGAAUGUUUCCUGUUUUUUCUCCUAGCUUUCACAUAUAAUAAGUGCUGAGAAACGUAGAAUCUCGAAUAAGUAAGAUUUU